AUGAAGCCAUCUCUUCUCUCUAUAAAGACAUCUAUGAAGCCAUCUCCUUUCUCUAAAAGGGCAACCAUAAAGCCAUCUCUUCUCUCUAUAAAAGGCAACUGUAAAGCCAUCUUCUCUCUCUAUAAGACAUCUGAAGCCAUCUUUUCUAUAAAGACAUCUAUGAAGCCAUCUCUUCUCUCUAUAAAAAGAAAACUACAUCUAGAAGCCAUCUCUUCUCUCUAUAAAGACAUCUAUGAAGCCAUCUCUUCUCUCUAUAAAGUCAUCUAUGAAGCCAUCUCUUCUCUCCAUAAAAGACAACUACAUCUAGCAAGAGCCAUCUCUUCUCUCUAUAAGAACAUCUAUAAAGCCAUCUCUUCUCUCUAUAAAUACAUCUAUAAAGCCAUCUCUUCUCUCUAUAAAGACAUCUAUGAAGCCAUCUCUCUUCUCUCUAUAAAAGACACAUCAGAGCCAUCUCUUCACUCUAUAAAGAAGUCACUCUCCAUAAGACAUCCAUCUCUUCUCUCUAUAAAGACAUCUGACCAUCUCUUCUCUCUAUAA